GGCUGUGCCGGGCCCAGGGCACGGCACGGCGCGGCGCGGUACGGCACGGCACGGGGUACGGCACAGGUACCGGGCACGGCACGGCACGGCACGGCACGGCACGGCACGGUACGGCACGGCACGGCACGGCGCGGUACGGGGCACGGCACAGGGCACGGCACGGCACGGCGCGGCACGGCACACGGCACAGGUGAGGGGCCUCGCCGGGAGCAGCAGCCGCCGCGUCGCCCCGAGGACCGGUGCCGGUGCCAUGAAGGAGGACCGCGAGCGCGCCGUCGCUCUGGGUUACGCCGUCACCAAACCUGAUAUCCUGGCCGAGGUGGAGCGGGAGGAGGCGGCCGCGGGGUCGUACGGGGAGCACCGGAGCCCCCAGCCGCGGGCAGCACCCGCCGGGCCCUCCCAAGGGGACUGGCUGGGGACAGAGGUGAAGAGUGAGGAGGGGGUGUCCCCGCUGCCUGGCUCCCCCCCGGCCCCCCACAGCGACCCGCUACCGGCACAGGCCUGCGGCUGCCGCGGCACCUGCGAGCCAGAGCUGCGUCCCGGUAACGGGGGAUCCGUUGCUCCGCUGCCGGCCCUUGAGAGCCAUGGCCGCCGGCCGGGACAGCCGCCGCUGGAGUGUGCCCAGUGCGGCCGGGCCCUCGGGCCAAAGCCGGACCUGGUGCGGCACCGGCCGGCACGUGGCGAGGAGCACGCCGGCACCCGUGGCGUCGGCCUCCCCGAGCCGGCAGGGCUGGGCGCCCUGGGCAGCCCCCGGCAGACGGCCCCGGCGCGGAAGGAGCGGAAGGAGCUGUCUCUGCCGGAGAAGGUGCGUGUGCUGGAGAUGCUGGAGGGCCCCAAGGUGUCGCAGAGCGAGCUGGCCAAGCGCUUCGGCGUGUCGCAGCCCCAGAUCUGUCGCAUCAUCAAGAACAAGGAGCGGAUCCUGAGCGAGUGGCGGCGCCAGGGCCAGCCCGAGCGCAAGCGCCGGCGGGACGGCGGGGACGCGGCCCUCGAGGCCGCCCUGCUGCGCUGGGUCGAGGGCGCCGGCCCCUUCCUCCAGCUCAAGGCCCGGCAGCUGGCCGAGGCCCUGGGCCAGCCCGGCCCGGAGCCCAGCGCCGAGCAGUCGCCCCUCCGCGUGCCCCGGCACCGCGGGAAGCCGCCGACGCAGAGAGCGGACGCGGAACAGCUGGCGGCCUCGCAGGCGAUGCCCGCGUCUGGCCGGAAGAGGAAGGCCAACUUCUCCAAUGACGAGACCGAGACGCUGGUCUGGAAUGUGGUGCGGCAUUUCAGCGCCUUGUACGGGUCCGAGGCCCUGCGGGCGCACCCGGUGCGGAGGAAGCAGCUCUGGACGCAGAUCCAAAGCCGGGUCAACUUCCUGGGCUACACCGAGCGCUCCAUCGACGACCUCAAGCACAAGUGGCGCGACCUGCGGCUCGACGUCAAGAAGAAGAUCACGUCCAAGAAGCACCUGCCCGUGAACCGCGCCGGGGGGCCGCUGCACAAGCCGCGCCUCACGCCCCUCGAGAAGAUGGUGGCGUCCACCUUCCUGCAGGCCAGCCACGACUCCGAGCCCGAGAUCAUCCUGGACCCAGAUCUGUUCUUCCCUGGUGCCAGCAAGCAGCCCUUCAUGCACCUGCAGCCCGGCGUCAGCCACCCCAGCAUCUACAUCGACACCAACGGGCAGCCGUCGGCGCUGCCGGACGUGGAGGGCUCGGCCGUGCCACGGCUGGCGGUGCAGAGCCCCGACCCCUCCGUCAUCUGCGAGUACAGCCGCGGCGAGGGCCAGAGCAGCUCUGCCGAGUCGGGGCCGGAGCUGCGCACGCCGGACGCGUCGGCCAUGUCCCCGUCGCUGCGCAACGAGUCGCUGGUGUCCUACGCCUCCAUGUCGGAGGAGGAGGAGCGGGACGGCCGGGAGGUGGAGCGGGGCGGCCACGGCGGCGCCGGGGGGAUGCAGCCGGGGCCUGAGGCCCCCGCGGCCGCCGAGGAGGACAUGAAGGCGUCCCGCCAGGCCAUGCUGAUCCGGCGCUGCAGCUCGCAGGGCUCCGUCACCUCCCUGCCCGAGGACCCUCUCAACGCCGCGGACGCUCACUCGGACUGGGGCCACGAGGCCGUGUCCGACCUGCCCGCCCUGGCCCGCGGCCUCGACUCCUCGCAGCCCGAGGAGCCGGCGGGGGGCGGCCCGGACGCGGGCGCUUUGCCCAGGGUACUGAUGGGCCCGUCCUGGGAGAAGGGGCCGCCGGAGGAGGAGCCCCCCGCACGCUCCCCGCCGCACGGUGCCAUGACCGAGGAGUCGCUGCCGUCCUCGGCAUCCCCCCCCGGCGACGCGCCCGCUGGCCCCGGCGUGCCCCGUGGGCUCGGCUGCUCCCGGCUGCGCGACGAGCGGCGCGAGAGCUGGAGGACUAACAUCCAUCACCUGCUGGAGCUGGAGGAGCAGUGGGACCAGCUGUACCACCAGGAGCUGGCCAUGUGGCAGGAGGAGCGCGCCACGCAGCGCGAGGAGAGGGCCCGCGACCGCGAGCUCCAGUUCCGCCUGCUGGGCGUCCUGACGGACAUCCGCGACGAGCUGCGCUACCUGCGCCAGGAGCGCGCCGGCGCCCGCCAGAGCCAGGCCCAGGGCCCCGCGCCGCCGCCCGCCCCCUGCCCGGCCCCCGGCCCCCUCCUCGAGCAGCCCAAAGCCGAGCCGGCCUUCCCCGAGCCGCAGCCCGGCCCCGCCGCCUGGGCCGACGCCGCCGUGCCCGCCCGCAGCCCCUUCGGCAACCGCGGCCGCGGGCGGCGUCGGGGCCGACCGCGCGGCUCCGCAUCCAGACACAGACGGCUCUUCCUCGCCAACAGCUAGGGCCGGGGGCGGCCGGCCCACCGAGGACACGGGGCGCCCGCGGGCACGCGCGCGGGGGAGGCCUGGGCCCGGGCCAGCGCGGCGCUGACGG